GCGGCGGCUCCCCAGCCCCGCCAGCCCAAGCGCUCGGAGGUAGAGGAAAGGUCUGGACUGGGUGGCUGGACCCGUGGCAGAAUCCAGUGCCAGACUCUGAACUGAGGGUUCUGGGCUGUGGUCUGUAGGAGCGAAGGAGAGAAGGAGUCAAAUCCAGGCCAGCUGUAUGGCUAUCUGAGGUGGUGGAACAGAAGGAGGUCCAUUCCUGUUGGUGACAGCACUGUGGCCCCGUUCUGGGAUGACCGAGGUAUAAAGGUUUCCCCCAAGAAAAAGCAGCUGAGUCCCUACAUCUUGUGGCAGCUGGUGUGCCCAGCACCCAGUCCAUCGGAGCUGAAGGCAGCCCGGCCCCUUCUCAUGGGCAGUACCCGCCUGUGCUGAGGUCCUGCAGCAGUGGCGCUGUGAGGAGCUGUGCAGUCAGUUCUAACUGAAAAUGUCUGACAGUCUGGACAAUGAAGAGAAACCCCCCGCACCCCCACUGAGGAUGAAUAGUAACAACCGGGAUUCUUCUGCACUCAACCACAGCUCCAAACCACUUCCCAUGGCCCCUGAAGAGAAGAAUAAGAAAGCCAGGCUUCGCUCUAUCUUCCCAGGAGGAGGGGAUAAAACCAAUAAGAAGAAAGAGAAAGAACGCCCAGAGAUCUCUCUUCCUUCAGACUUUGAGCAUACGAUUCAUGUGGGGUUUGAUGCAGUCACCGGGGAAUUCACUGGGAUUCCUGAGCAGUGGGCACGGUUACUCCAAACGUCCAAUAUAACAAAACUGGAACAGAAGAAGAACCCUCAGGCUGUUCUAGACGUUCUCAAAUUCUAUGAUUCCAAAGAAACUGUCAACAACCAGAAGUACAUGAGCUUUACAUCAGGAGAUAAAAGUGCACAUGGUUAUAUAGCAGCGCAUCCUUCGAGUACAAAAACAGCAUCGGAGCCUCCUUUGGCUCCUCCUGUUUCUGAAGAAGAAGACGAAGAGGAAGAAGAGGAGGAAGAUGACAAUGAGCCCCCACCUGUAAUUGCACCAAGACCAGAACACACAAAAUCAAUCUACACUCGUUCUGUGGUUGAAUCCAUUGCUUCACCAGCAGCACCAAAUAAAGAAGUCACACCACCUUCUGCUGAGAACGCCAAUUCCAGUACUUUGUACAGAAACACAGAUCGGCAAAGGAAAAAAUCCAAAAUGACAGACGAGGAGAUCUUAGAGAAACUGAGAAGCAUUGUCAGUGUUGGUGACCCAAAGAAGAAAUACACAAGAUUUGAAAAAAUUGGUCAAGGGGCAUCAGGUACCGUUUAUACAGCACUUGACAUUGCAACAGGACAAGAAGUGGCCAUAAAGCAGAUGAACCUUCAGCAGCAGCCCAAAAAGGAAUUAAUUAUUAAUGAAAUUUUGGUCAUGAGGGAAAAUAAGAACCCCAAUAUUGUUAAUUAUUUAGAUAGCUACUUAGUGGGUGAUGAACUAUGGGUAGUCAUGGAAUACUUGGCUGGUGGCUCUUUGACUGAUGUGGUAACAGAGACCUGUAUGGAUGAAGGACAGAUAGCGGCUGUCUGCAGAGAGUGCCUGCAAGCUUUGGAUUUCUUACACUCAAACCAAGUGAUCCAUAGAGACAUAAAGAGUGACAAUAUACUCCUUGGGAUGGAUGGCUCUGUUAAAUUGACUGAUUUUGGUUUCUGUGCUCAAAUCACCCCUGAGCAAAGUAAACGAAGCACUAUGGUGGGCACGCCCUACUGGAUGGCCCCUGAGGUGGUGACGAGAAAAGCCUACGGCCCGAAGGUUGAUAUCUGGUCACUGGGAAUUAUGGCAAUCGAGAUGGUGGAAGGUGAACCCCCUUACCUUAAUGAAAAUCCACUCAGGGCAUUAUACUUGAUAGCCACUAAUGGGACCCCAGAGCUCCAGAAUCCGGAGAGACUGUCAGCUGUAUUCCGUGACUUUUUAAAUCGCUGUCUUGAAAUGGAUGUGGAUAGGCGAGGAUCUGCCAAGGAGCUUUUGCAGCAUCCAUUUUUAAAAUUAGCCAAGCCUCUCUCCAGCCUGACUCCUCUGAUUAUCGCUGCAAAGGAAGCGAUUAAGAACAGCAGCCGCUAGGACAGCACGCCUUACCCCACACCAUCUCCCUCCUGAGUAAGACUGAAACUAUAACUGCUACAGGAAAAAUGGAAGAAGAGACAGUCAAAUGGGGUGGGGGGUUCUUUAACUUUCAAAUGAAUAGAAACUUCUUAUAAGCCUUUUCCUACUCCCUCAGAUUAUGUAAUUUAUUUGUAAGCCUGAAUCGCAGCCCAAACAGGGCAGCAAUGUCGAAGUGACCAAACAGUGGUCACUUCUACCGUGAAGCGAAAGAGCCAGUAGUGAAUCCCCUCAUUUGUGCAUACACUUUGAAGAACAAGGUUUCUCAAAGAUGCACACACCCUCUUCAUAGUGUCGUGUUUGUUUUUAAGUUAGAGUAGUCCCUAUUGCAUUCGAACUUCCUUCAAAACUCCUUACCCAAUGUGAUGUUUUUCACUUGCAUUGUCAUUAGAUGUCCAGGAAAAAAAAAAAAAAAAAGAAGUCAAAACUUUUUAAAAAAAAAAAACAACAAAAAACAAACAAACAAAAAAAAAAACCAAAAAACAAAAACAAACAAAAAAACCCAGAGCAAGUACUGUGUGAACAUGUGGAAGUCCAUGCCCUAAUAGAGUUGCAAUUUUUUAUUCUUCUUCUAGAGUGGUGGCUUGGUUUGUGUACCUGUUUUUCUGCAUUUGUAUUGGAAAACGUUUCUUUUAUGACAUUUUCCAAAAGCAGAGAGGAAUGUGUAUGUUCAGGAAGGGCUUUUAAAAACUGUGUAUCUGAAUAAAGCUCAAUGGUGAAGUCCUGUCACAUUUUCACGAUGAUGCUUAAGAAGUAGUGGAUUUAUCAUUUAUAUAAACCAACGUUUUCAACUCAUGACACCUAUAGAAGGACACACCAAAAAUGUAAUAGUCUCAUUGGGUGAGUCCAGAUUCUGAACCUAGGAACUCCUAACAGGAGAAACCACACUUACAGAUAGGACUUUCUUUGAGAGUCAAAAGAAAAAACAAAUGUGCCAGACUUCUAUCCUUGUUGGACAGUAAAUAAACAAAAGAUAAAAAUACCUUCUUUAAUCAUUUCAUGUGCUUACGGGCUAUAUACACACCAGGAAGAAAUGAGCCCACUAACCACUGUUUCCUUAUAAUAAAAUAAUUUUGCAGUUUAUAACAUUUGAAAAAUCAAAGUUCUGGAGAGGAGUGAUAUGAUAAACGGCAGACUCUUAAAAAAUCGAAGGGCAGUGAAAACUCCAUCCCAAGCAGUGUUUGGCUGUAAAUGCUUGUCCCAUUUUCCAUGUGUGUGUAACCAAAUUCUGUUUCAGGAUAGGGUGUGUUCAUACUUCGUCCCUUGUACUUUUGAAUUUCAAAAAUAUGUGCACAAGGAUAUUGAAAUUAUCCAGUGAAAAUAAAUUUGAAUUUGCAAUCAUAUGCCCCAAGAAAUAUCAGUUCACUGAAUUCCUUUUGUGGCUUGGGAAAAAUAAGAAAACCUGUUAUUCUACCAUGUAUCUAUUUACUAAAAUUCCAACAGUUGGCACUUCCUGAAUCUUCUGAGAAUAGAAAAAUAUCCAGAGGGUGUCUCUGUAGAAAAGGAUAUGCUUCUCUUCCGAGUGCAUUGUCAGUCUUACAAAUCCUACAACGUUGUUUCUCUAAGCCUUUAAAAAGCUAGUAGUUUCUGCUGUAGAAGGCUUCUUGAUUUGUACUAUGUAAAAAAUCUGAAUAGAACCUAUCUACAUUCAGUACGAAGGGGAAAGAGAUCAAGGACAUGGGGGCCUCUCUCCUUCUCUGAAGGUACAUCUUUCCAUCCAACCAUUCAUCCAUUUAAAAUGAAAACACUUUUCUUUAGAGAGUUUCUGCUAAGCAUAUAGUACAUUUUAUGUUUAGAUUAUCCCACUGGCGGAUUUCCUAUUUUACUGUUGCUUUCUUUGACUACAAAAUAUAGGAGGGGGUGGAUGCUGCCCUCUCCCCAAAAAAUAUCCACAGUGGAUUAAACAGCAAAGGUGAAAGAAAAAUCAAAUGGUGAUUUUAAUUUGGAGCAUACCAAGCUACACUUUGCAAAAAGGUGGCUGGGCCUGAAACUUAAUGCCACAUUGUUCGUGAGAAAGAGAGAGGCCUUAAUUUUUAUUUCAUUAGGUGUGUUUUUUUUUUUUUCAUUCAUAGUGCCAGGGAAUUCAAUGAUAUAUCUGGGAUGCGAAUAGAACUUGACCCAUCGAUAACUAUGCCACACCAGUGGGGAGAACCCAAAAAUCUGGUUGGGAAACCCUAGUUAUCAACUAGCAUCCUUUAUAUGCCUUUUUUUGGAAGGGGAGGGACCUGGAGCAGUGAUCCUUGAGAUCACUGUAGGCAGGGAAAUGGCUGUUCUUUUAUGCUUUCAGUUCAGCAUAUUGAAAGAGGAGCCAAGUACUUCUUUACCACACUACUUUUGUACCAAGAAUUUAUGAUAUAUCCUAGCAGGCAUUACUCUUCCGAAUUUAUGUCUAUGUAAAUCUUUAAAUGGGAGCAGCUUCUAAAGACCCUUCCCCAUGUUGGAGAGUUACUAUAUUUCUAAUAAGUAUUAGAGAGAAGCUGUUUCUCUUGCCAAAAGAUGCUCAAGGAUUCACAUUUGGUACACUUGAACAGCUUGUACCCCAGGUAGUUAAUAGUGUAUAUUCACUUUCCCUGGAUUUUAUGUUAGCUCAUCUUGACAAUGGUGAGUCUAUCCAGAUCUUUAAAGUUGCUUGUGUGCCCUGAGGUAAUGAGGGUACAUCAUCAAAUGUUGAUUCCAAAAUGUCCUGAGAGAGGAAUAGGGCAGUGGGAAUGUCAGGGAAGGGUGAGAAGCACAGUAGAGAUUAUUUAUUUAAGAAAGAAAAGAACACUAAUGUUGUAGCAAGAAUCCAGUGUGUUGUCAUCGUCCCAUGAGGAUUUGGAGAUGACAAUCCCCUCAAGUCACUCACCAUGUCGGGUAAUGACUUUGUUCUUGCUGAUGUCGUCUAUGUGUCAUUGUAAAUAUUUCUGUGUCCAUGUCCCAUUUUGGCUACUGGAUGGCCAAGUCAUGUAAGAAGAUUUAACUCAAGUAUUUAUUCUUUGUGUUAUUCCGAUUUCUUUCAGGCUUGUGAAUUGCACCCUGAUGUUUAAGUUUAACCACCUUAUUCCCCAUCUCUCCCUCCCCCGUGAAGCACAUUCCAUUGCUAAAAGAAAAAGAAAUAUGAAAUUGCUUCCUGUCGUCUGUAUAACUGUUUUGAUAGUUUGAGAUGUUUGUCUAUAAAGGAUAUUUCUUCAGCUCAAAGAUCGUGUAAAUAAUUAUAUUCAUUUGCUCAAGGGGUUGUUUAUUUCUAAUGAGGCUGCCAGUUCUCAGAGAGAAUCUAUAAAAUCACUUUAAAAUAACAGGGAUUAAAAUUAUGUAAAAAUUAAUGUGCAUAUGGACAGAGACUGGGAACACAGAUAAUUGAAAUUAGUUGUGUUAGGGUGGUGGGAUUAUGCAAAAUAUUCAUUUUAAAAUUUUCUUUGAUUUUUGAUAUUACUUUAUAAUAAAUACACAUCAGAAAGGGGACUAUGAAAACAUAGAAAAGACGUCAGAAGCAGAUGCCUUCUGGCGGGAGCCCAGAGCAUGCAGGGCACAGAUAUUUGCUAGUUACAAUUAUUCCAUAGGCUUUAUAUUUGCCUGGGUGCUGAGGUUGGCACACGCUCGGGUAUGGCACGUGCUUUCUUAGGGGACUGUUAUCUAUAAGUUAAAUCUAAGGAGAUAUCACCGUUAGGAUGUCAGAUGCAUACUUCUGCUUGAAAACUGGCUGCCCUUCAAUUUGAUGUGGUGUCACGGUUUCUGUUUCAGUUUACAUCGGAGGGGUAACAUUUGAUUAGCCCCCCUUGAUCACAUCUGCUUAAGUAUCACCUUUCUGGGUCAUUUUAGCAGAUGUUAAGGUUGAGUUUGAGAAUUAGAAGGAUAAAAUCCCCAGCUUCCACCAUUUUCUUGUCCAAUGGGAUAUGGCAUCAUUCAACGAGGACUCUUAAGAAUCAGCAGUCAAGAACCAUUGAUUUCAGUAGAAGCUAUGACUUGCAAUUAAAAGUUCACUAUGAAAACAUUAGAAAAAAAUAUCUAGAACUGCCUUCACCUGUUGACUUUCAGUCACAGUCCUGCCAACUUUGGCUUGUCAUGGCCUCUGUGUGCUUUUUAUAUGUCCUGAUUAUAGGUUGAAUGCAGCAGUUGUCAUCUUGAAAGAGAGAAGGGAGACUACUAAGGGAAAUAAAUUUCCCUCUAAGUCACCAAAGAAAGUUUAGGUGAGGACAUUUAUAAUGAGGUAUAGUCUCAGAUGUUACUCAGUUUCAGCAAAAGCAGACCAUUUACCUGGAGAACACUUUUCACUGGCCAUUUUCAACAUACUUCUGGGAGUCUUAACCUGACACCCCCAGUUGAAAUAUCAUGGUCCUUUUCUGAGCUACUUGCAGUUAAUAUUAAGUUAAACAAAGGCAUGACCAGUAAUGCAAGCUUCUCCCAGUCUUUGAGCCAGAGGACUGAAAUACAGCAUUUGUAAAUCGACAGUUUAAUAGGCCUGGGACUUUGAGUGAACUUAACAUACAAUUCUGAACAUAUAUUUGCAUGUGGAUCGGGAAGGAAAUAAAUGGAACUUUGGAAAUAAAGAAAAUAUUUUUUUCUUACUAUGUAUUUCAUACAAGAUUUAUUUCUGAUAGAAUCUUUUCACUCCUUUCAUGAUCCCACACUCCUUUAAGUGACCAAAUGAAUAGACCCCAACUCCUCAUGCACCAGGACGGUGUUUAAUAGUCAAGAAUAUCUAACCGAAUCUGCAAAUGCGGGAACUGAGAUAUCCCCUCCAUGUGCACACCUCUGUGUACAAGUAUUCUAGAACAUGGAGCAUUUACUGCCACUUAAUAUGCUCAAACUUGCAAGAUCAAAUUAGAGAAGCUGGUUAAUGUCAUCAGUCUCCUUUGGAAGCUGUCAUCAGGAGAACGUUAUGCAAUGAUGUUGGCUGUAAGGCAGUUACUAUGUUCACCUAAUUUAGUAUGUAAGAGGAUAUCAACAACAGUUACAGAGAAUCAGUCAGUUCUAGUGGAAGGAACACUAGCCUAGAAGUGCAGAGACUACUCGAAUAUAGGCUCUCUUACUAACUUAGACUGUGUGACCUUGGGCAAGUCACUUAACUUUUUCCUGGCUGUUUCCUGGUCUGUAAAAUAAGGGUAUUGGACUCUCCAAAAGCCCUAACAUUGUGAUAAUAUAGGUUGCCUUGCAGAGGCAACCUGUUAAAGUGAUGGCAAAUAUCACAUGGUUAAGUCUGGGUCUCUUAUGUUACAGUUAAAUAAUAGAACUAUGUAAAAUGAUGCGGGGGUUGGGGGAGAGCCUCAAGCAAACGAAGUUAAUAAUACUUGGGAAUGUUCAUCAAACUUGUGGCAGCCUUCCAAUUCCUUCACAGUUGUUUUGUUUCUGUUUUAAUGUCCUUUUUCUGUUGAGUGUUCCCAGUUUUCAUUUUCCAUAUACUCUGUAUCUAAAGUCUGGUUUUCAUUAAGCUGUGGCCAGUAUUUGCUACUAGGACAGAAAUGCACUGUUAUACUUGCUAGAAUAAGUAGAGCUAUACUCGGGCCUCUUUCCUAUAAAGCUACAUUGGCUUUAUAGCAUUUCCUUUGUAAAUGGCACAGGAUGGCAGAGCCCAUACAUUUUGAUGGUUGGGACUAUUAAGAGUGAACCUAAGCAUUUGCAGGUUGCUGAGAGAGACGAAAGAGCAAUCACAUGCUAAGAGCAUUGAGGAGCAUUGGCAAAUCUGCUUAUUGGGAAGCUAAGAUAGCAUUCCUGAUGACAACUCCCACAGCGAUUGGCCAGUGUCUGAGUAUGCUGCUGGCAAGUGGGUGAACCGGAAGUUAAUGGAUGGUCCCACUAUCCUGCAUAUGGCAGAGUGCCAACCAUCCCUGAGUGUGAAAUUCAAGUUCAGUGUGUGUGCUUGUGUGUGGUAGGCUUUAUGGACCCUGCCUAUACUCUAUUCAUUAGUGAUAAUAAGACCUUUCACAGAAUCCGAUAACCAUUAGUGAGUUAUUGAGAUCUCAGUACAUCAGCCAGAAGGAGCCAGAGCACAGGAUACUGAUGUCUAUUGGGAUCAUACUCAUAAUAUCCAGACAAAACAGGUUGAGGAGUAUCUACAUUUUCAUGUUUAUCAGAACUGUAUCUCAUUUGGCUGUGCAUUACUUUUGUUAAAAUGUGUUCUCUGUAAUCCCAUGUGUAGUGAAAUUCUGUAACUUUGGAUUAAAGGUAUUUAUGGUCUUUUUGUUUGUUUGAUUUUUAAGUAAGUUAUUUCUUUUGCAGACCUGCUGAUGGUAUGGUUCCAUCCUUCUGACCUCAGCAUCUGAUAUUUAAGACUUUUUGUUUCAAAUAUUGUUAUUUUAAAUUGUGGUUGAAGCAAUAGAAAAUUGAAAUAUGGAUUGUGCAUGACUGUGUCUUGAGUGUAAAAUAUUGCAGUUUGAAACUUGGACCUAAAGUAUUGCAAAUAAAAAUGACAAA